GCGAACAGACGGAGCUCUGUAAUCGCAACAGUUCACAAGUCAAAUUUAGGCAAAUUUAACCUCAACUAGACUCCGAUGCAAACACACCUCAGACCAGGUGGAUUGUGGGCCUUUGACGUGUCACUGAUGGGAUCUUAUCAACUUUCGUUGCCGUGUAUUCCUUAAAGCCUCCAUGGAGAUCAUCCAGUCUACCCAGCUGCCUCAGGAAGCCCCUGCAGCUACAUGGAGCAACAACUCCAUCCCCCCCUACUCCCAAUUCCUGCUCCUCUCCACCACUUCUGAACCACUUCUCGGCUUUACCACCAGUGACGGCGCUUUCCUCUUUAACAGCACCUGCCAGAACUGCACCAAACCGGAACCCGGAUCCCUCCCUGGCUUGGCUGGGAUCUUCAUCCCUCUUAUCUAUGCGAUAGUGUGUGUUGUUGGCCUCGUAGGCAACACUCUGGUCAUCCACGUUGUUGUCAACUACACCAAAAACGAGUCCGUCACCAACAUCUACAUCCUUAACUUAGCCAUUGCAGACGAGCUCUUCAUGCUGGGCCUGCCCUUCCUGGCGAUGCAGAACGCUCUGCUCUAUUGGCCCUUUGGCUCUCUCAUGUGCCGUGUGGUCAUGACGGUAGAUGCCAUCAACCAGUUUACCAGCAUCUUCUGCCUAACCGUGAUGUCAGUGGACCGCUACCUGGCUGUGGUGCAUCCCAUCCGCUCCUUCUGGUGGCGGCGGCCCCGUGUAGCCAAGGCAAUCAGUGCCACAGUUUGGGCGGGGUCUAUUGUGGUGGUGCUGCCUGUGGUGGUGUUUGCAGACGUGCUGAAGGAUGAUGGGAACUGCAGCAUUGUGUGGCCUGAGCCAGCAGAAGUGUGGAAGACGUCUUUCAUCGUGUACACGUGCACCGUCGGCUUCUUCUGCCCCCUGCUGGUCAUCUGCUUGUGCUACCUGCUAAUCGUCAUCAAGGUGCGUAGCGUUGGAAAGCGGGCGCAGGCCACGUCCUCUCGGCGCAGGAAGUCGGAACGUAAAGUCACCAGGAUGGUGGUUGUCGUGGUGGCAGUGUUUGUCCUUUGCUGGCUACCAUUCUACGUUCUGAAUAUCGUCAACCUCCUGAUGGUCCUGCCUGGGGACUUCCGGGGGCUCUACUUUUUUGUUGUUGUGCUGUCCUAUGCGAACAGCUGUGCCAAUCCCAUACUGUACGGGUUUCUGUCUGACAACUUCAAGAGAGGCUUCAGAAAGGCCCUGUGCGGCACUUCGCGCAGGGUGAUGAACAACGACAGGGCCGGCACUGAGGUUCAGCGACCAACAGAGGAGUGGGGCGGCAUCGUGCUCCAAGAACAACAAAAAUGUGAAGGAGUCAUAAAUGUACAUAGGAAGGAUUGUGUUGAAAAAGAAGAUGAGGAAAUCAAUGGAACAGGAGGAGGGAACAUACAGAUGAGUGAAAUAUGCAAAAAAUCACAAAAUGGAAACCAAAGUGAAGUAACAAAGACACAGGUCGUGCAAAAAGGUAAACCUGAGCCGGAGCCAAGUCAGAGUUCCAAACAUGGAGAAUUGGCUGAGAAAGGCCCAGGCUUUGAUCCUGCUAAGGUAGCGUCCUCUACGGCCAGCAAAAGCAAAGACAGCAGGUCACAACCGGAAAAUUCCUUGGAAGAUAACAAAGUGCUUGAAAUCACCUAUCUGUAACAGAUUACAUAAAGUCUGUGGAGUUCUUUCCCCAAAGAUGCCAUUUGGAUCAUUUCUUAGAUAUUUGAAAUGGCUGUGAAUAUUACAAACUACAGAUUACAUUACAGUGUUAGAUCAUGUGGGGUGACUACUUUACAAAUUUGUGCAAAUCUUUUUUCCCCCCGGAUGGAAAUUUGCAUUAUGUAAUAGUCUGCCAAAAAGUGCAAUUAUUUUUGCCACGGUGCAAGAAUGCUAAAAUAAUGUGACUUUGAGAAAAUAUGAAAGUAGGCAUGUUAACCAUGUUGGAUUGAAAGCAAAUGGAAACCUGAAUAGUUGGAAUGAGAAAUUUAAAUAUCUGAUCUGUAUCACUGGCUGCAGGUAUUGUGAAGUACAGUUUGGAGUUAUUGUUGCAAGUAGUCUACAGACAUGCAGAAACACUUUGGUAUGGUAAAUAUAUUUACAUUUUAUUUUUGAGGUUUCGAUUUUUUUGUCGCGACUUAAUCUUGAACUUGAAACUGUGUUGCAUUCUGGAAUGGUAUGGUCCCCUUAAAACUGACAAAAGCCCAGACAAGGCUUUUAAUUAGAUUAAAAGUCAUUGAUACGGAGAGCAAAAAGGUCAUGAAAGAGCAAAAAGGUCAUUAAUGACGGUUGGUGAGUGCUUCAGUGACUAUUUGUUUUUUAAAUAUUGUUUUUUUUAUAUUUAUUUAUUCAAUAAUAAUGUUGAAAAGGACUGUCACAAGUACUGUUUUUUUGAGUUAGGAACAUCUUGUUCUGAAACGUCUAAUGCACUGUAUGAAUCAUAUCCCAGUGGGAGGUAACAACUAAUGACCCACUGUGAAAUGAAAAAAUGGUUUACUUUUACAAAAACAUCCCACAAAGAUAAUUGUAGUGUUGUUUAUUUUACGAAAACACAUUGUAGUGUUUGUUGUUUAGUGCUUUUGUUGAGCUUUUGUGCAACAAAUUCAAUACUGUGCGUGCCUAAGCACACAUACAUGGAGCUGAGCACAGAUAACUCAGUCGCUGCAUUUCGUCAGUAUUCUUAAUUAUCUUCUCACUUCAACUGUAACUGAAAACUUGCUUCAGCUUACUUCCCAAGAUGGGCAGCACACAAAAAAAAAAUAGUGCCAGCGCCCUUCUAGGUUUCAGGAAGAAGCAGGUUUAAAGACUAUUUGCUGUGUAACUGGAACUUUAGGGGAGAUACUUUUGCAUCAAAUCUGAAAUACGCUAGUGAGGAAACGGCACACCCUGGGUAGAAAACAGACGAUUAAGUUUGUAUUUAUUUAGUAAAUCCUUUUUAUAAUUAUGAAUGAGACAUGAAAAAGAUUAUUUUUCUUUUAACUCAUUAGAUAGACAGUGUGUAUCCCUGGUGCAUUCAUGUUAAGUGUCUUGCGUCGCCGUUUUAUGCUCAUAGUUACUAUGUUAAUACGGUCAGUGUAAAGCUAAUUGAUUGGUUAUGAUGAUAGGUUGAAAUAGUCGGGGUGUGUGUGUUGUCGUGAAUCGUGAACUCUAUAUUUGUAUGUCUUAUUUAUGUGAAAUCCCAGAAAGGCAGGUUGUAUUACUAGACCAUUUUGCCAAAUUACUGCUUUCGUUUCCUAUGAUCAGUGUUGCCAUUACGAUGUAUUAUCAGCAAUGUUGUCAGAGCUUUGGUCAAGUACACACGCCAGGUGUAAUGUGAGAAGAGGUGGCUCACUAAAUGUUUACAGAUGAUUUUCCAUACACACAUCCAUUAGCCAUAUCAGCUUAUCCUUUUAGGGGGGUGCAAUGGAGCAGGAGCCAAUCCCAGGGGACAUUGUGCGAGAGGCACACAUAAACAGACAACCAUUGACACUCACAUUACUGAUACGGGUAAUUUAGAGUCCCUAAAUAAGUUAACCUGCAUGUCUUUGGCCUUUAGGAGGAAACAGGAGCAUCCUUACAAAGCCCAUGCAGGCACAGGGAGAACAUGCAAACACAGACAGAACCCAGAACCUCCUGGCUGCGAGGCGAACCACUGCACCGCCAUGCCGCCCUACAGAGGAUUGUUGUACGU